CUCCUACCGCUCGCCCACUCCCUCUCACCCUCACCUCUCAUUGACCAUUGACCCUCACCAUGCCAUUCAACAUAAUCCUCCCCUCCUCGCGCGGCCUCUCGCUCGCACUCGCCCAAGCCCUGCUCCACUCAUCACCGAACCACCUAAUCGCGACGUGCCGACACUCGCCGUCCGCGCUGCAGUCCGCCCUGACCUCCUCCUCAAUUCCUUCAUCACGCGUAACAGUCCUCCACGCCGACGUGAAGUCCGAGCCCACGCUCGCCGCGGCAGCUGCAGCCGUGCGCACACAGUUCCCGACGGACACGGCGGAGUACAUAUUCUCGACGGCGGGAGUGCUAUACCCGGAGCGCUCCCCGGGUGCAAUCGAGCACGACGCUGCGCUCGACACGCUGCGCACAAACCUCCUCGGGCCUAUGUUGGUCAUGAAGCAUUUCGGCCAGUUCCUGCCGCGGCGGCGACGGGGUGAUGCGGAGAAAGGCACACCGGCGGCGACACCUGCGGUGUGGGUUAACCUCUCUGCGCGCGUCGGCUCGAUUGGUGAUAAUCGCGCUGGUGGAUGGUAUAGCUACCGCGCGUCGAAGGCGGGGUUGAAUGCUGUGACGAAGAGUUUUGAUAUAUACCUUGCGGGGAGGAGUGGCGAUGCGGCGAUGGCGGUGGCGAUACACCCCGGCACGGUGCGGACGGGGUUGAGUAAGGAGUUCUGGGACCAUGUGCCGGAGGGACAGCUCUUCGAGCCGGAAGACGCGGCAGAGAAGGUACUUGGUGUGGUUAUGGGACUGGACGUGGCCCAGAGGGGCGGGUUCUACGAUUGGAUGGGGGAGAGGGUUGAGUGGUGAUGGUUGGUGUAUGUGCCUUGAUGAGGAAUGAAGGAAUGAAGGAAUGAUUGAUUAC